AUCUGGGGAAAUAAACUAACUCCUUUGUUACAUAAGCUUAAUCCAUACAUGUAUCUUGCAUUUAUAUUAUUAUCCGAUAUUCUACUAAUGAGUACCUAAACUUUGAUAAAAAAAAACAUUUGGACGUUUGAAUUUGUAGCCUCGCAUCAAAAACUUGGAAAUUCCCAGCCUUAUCUCCAAGAACACCUCAAUAACCACACCGCCCAUCAUGUCCGAAGAAAGAGAAGUCGAACAGGCGCAAUCCACCGAGGUGGCCGCGCCGGCACCCAAGAAAGUCAAAAAGAUCAUCCGCAAGAAGCGGCCGGCGCGGCCUCAGGUCGACUCGUCCUUCAUCACCUCCGAGCCGCCACCGCAGACGGGCACGAUCUUCAACAUCUGGUACAACAAGUGGUCGGGCGGCGACCGCGAGGACAAGUACCUGUCGAAGACGCACGCGAAGGGGCGGUGCAACGUGGCGAAGGACAGCGGGUACACGCGGGCGGACAAGGUGACGGGGUCGUACUUCUGCCUCUUCUUCGCGCGCGGCAUCUGCCCCAAGGGCCAGGACUGCGAGUACCUGCACCGGCUGCCGACGAUCCACGACCUGUUCAACCCGAACGUCGACUGCUUCGGCCGCGACCGCCACUCCGACUACCGCGACGACAUGGGCGGCGUCGGCAGCUUCAUGCGCCAGAACCGCACCAUCUACGUCGGCCGCAUCCACGUCACCGACGACAUCGAGGAGAUCGUCGCCCGCCACUUCGCCGAGUGGGGCCAGGUCGAGCGUAUACGCGUGCUGAACACGCGCGGCGUCGCCUUCAUCACCUACACCAACGAGGCGAACGCGCAGUUCGCCAAGGAGGCGAUGGCCCAUCAAUCUUUGGAUCACGAGGAGGUUCUCAACGUGAGAUGGGCGACGGUGGAUCCGAACCCGAUGGCUCAGGCCCGUGAGGCGAGACGCAUCGAGGAGCAGGCCGCGGAGGCUAUCCGGAGAGCACUACCGGAAGAGUUCGUAGCGGAGAUCGAGGGCCGCGACCCCGAGGCGAGGAAACGAAGGAAGAUCGAGAGUAGCUUUGGCUUGGAGGGAUACGAGGCCCCGGAUGAUAUCUACUUUGCUCGCGGGGCGCAGGCGGUUAAUCCAGCAGGAAGACAGGGUUACGAGUUGGAGCACGAGCAACGGCUAAUGAUUGAAAAUGGCGACGCGGGUGGCGGUGAUGGGGCCACCUCUGCCCUCGCAGCAAUUGAGGCGCCGCCACAACAGAACGCAGAACAGGCAGGAGGAAUCUUUUCAAGCAGUGCAUUGGCAGCAUUGAAGACUGCGAAGGUCUCGGCAGCUCCCAAAGUCCAGGCGGCAUCGUCAGGACCAUUAGUGGCGUAUGGUAGUGAUAGCGAAGAUGACGAAUAGGCGUUCUAGACAUUACGGGAUCACGAUGUGUUCUCAAGACAUCGAAUAAUGAAUUGUAUAUACAAGCCCACGCGCAUUCUAUAGAUACCAUUGCUCGGCGCAUCAAAUUGAGUAAACUUGCAUUCA